GCAUAGGCCAAUCGUCUCUCCCAUCCUUGAUAUACUGCGCAUCGAUAGCUGUGAGAUUGACGAACGACGGCAAGGACAUGUUUCUAGUUUAGGAUCGAUUGCACCGCUUCUGUCCAAAACAGAACCCGCCUGAGCGCGUCUGGACGCAAAUGGAAACAAGCGUCAAGGGUGACGGACCUUUGGAGUCGGCGGAGGAGUGCCUGGAGGAGCUAUCGCUUCAACUUCACACGGAUGAGGGCGUAUGGAUGCGCCAAGUCGGCCACUUGAAGGACUGGUGCCAGGGGACGCAAGCUGUCAAGCUGGGCGUGCCGGCGCGGGUUACCACGGCGCUGGCUGCCGACAGCAUCCGCCUGCUGUUCCUGUUCCGGAACCUGCAGCGCCUGGACUUGACACUGAACAGUCCGCGCACCAGGAUUGAGCAACCAAUUCUGGUGGCAUGCGCGGAGCUGCUGGGCUUGACCAGCCUGAGCAUCAGCGGCGGGCAUCUCUCACACAAGGGGCUGGAUCUGGCUGUGCUGACCAGCCUGCGGAAGCUCAACACGCUCGCCGUGCGCCCGCAUAGCGACGAGGGCCUGGAUGGCUUAGAGGAUGAACACCUGGCUACUGCGGCGCGGCUUACGGGGCUGAAGAGUCUCAGCCUGCGGGCCUCAGAGAACGUCACGGACGAGGGUGUCAGCGCGCUCACAGCUUUGACGGGCCUGACGCAACUGACGCUCGUGCCGCUGGGCCUGGAGGUCUCGCGUGACAGCCUGAUGGCUGUGGCCGCGGCCAUGCCAGGGCUGCAGGCGUUGUCUGUGGGGCUGCACGAGUCGCGCCAGGUGGCGGCACUGAAGGGUCUGCCAGAGCGGGACACCGUGCCCUGCAUCUCCGUCGUGCUGAACGCACCCGAGACGUCGGCGUCGUCGUUCUUCUCCACGCUGACGCUGGUAUUGCGGCCUAGCCUUGUCAGCCUGCGCAUGGGCACGCUGGAGGCCACCGACAAUGCCUUCCUGCUGGCAUUGGGGACGCUUAACCAGCUCAAGGAGCUCAAGAUGGGGGUGAGCCUGGCGGAGGGCGGGCGGCCGUUCACGUGCAACCUGGCGGCGCUAUCGGGGCUGGGCCAGCUGCGAACGCUCGAGUUUGCCGUGACGAAGGACCUGGGCCUGCCGCUGUCGGUGAAACAAGUCAGCAUGCUUGCACUUGCCUGGCCCACGUUGACCAGCCUCAGCAUCAGCGUGAUGGGCAAGCCGGAGGUGGCGCCGGAGGCCCUGGGGCUACUGGACAACUUCAGCCGCCUGAGCUCGCUGUCGCUGUUCGCACCGCUUGAUUACAGCGUUGAGGACGAAAUGGAGGCCAUCAUGCUGCCUGUGCACCCGCACUACCUCCCGCGCGGGCUCAAGUCUCUGGUCCUGGAGUGCGCCCAGGUCCGCUGCCCAGCGGCCUCAGCCAGCAGCGACGGCCAUGGCAGUACCGGCGGGGGAGCCAACGGCAGCGCUCCUGCGGCCGAUGCCGGUGACGGUGAGCCAGGCAGCAUCGCAGCGCGGGCGUCGCGUGAACUGCUGCGGCAAGGGGCGAGUGGCACCGGCCGCGUGCUACCCAACCUGGAGCACAUGGAGCUGAACAGCUGCUCGGCGUCAGAUGAGGCACUGGCCGCCAUCCUGGGGAGCGCAACAGGCCUGUGCCAUCUGGAGCUGACGGACGUGUCGAGCAUCAGCGACACGGGGCUGGUGGCGCUGCGCAGCCUCACGCGGCUGGAGCACCUGGUCGUGCGCAUGUCCAGGCCACCGCAACCCCCGCCUCCCGCAUCCAGCCGGGGCUGGGCCUCAACAUCAGCAGCUGCAAUGCCGCCCAAAGCGCCAGUGUCAACGGUCACGCACGCGAGCCUGGGCACGCUGCGGACGGCCAGCACGCUGCGGCACCUAGAAUGGAGCCUGGGCGAGCCGCUAACCGACGCCGAGCUUGCCCCGGCGCUAUCCAUCAUCUCCAGUCUGGGCAACCUGCAACACGUGGCGCUGGACGUGGACCCAGAGCUGCGGAUAGCACGGAACGCCACAGGCGGCUCAGGGGCCAGCGCCAGUGGCCGUGAGGGCGCUGGUUCAGCGGCGGUAGGCUCGUCGGCUAAGGCGUUGCCCGAGGCGCGCCAGGCCACCGGCAAGGAGGUUGACAGCGACUCCGAGGAGGACGAGGAGGACGAGGACGCAGAGCCGGUGCCUUGGCACGAGCAACUGGAGGCGGCGUGCCCGCUGGUGCAGGCCACGGACCGACCUGGCGUGGUUAUGUACAGUUUAUGGGCGGACUGCACGCUCAACUUGACCUCGCGGUAGACGCAUACGUACCACUACCAGCACUUGUUGAGCUGGAUUAGGAGGGGAUUCGGUGUGAAAUGGUGUACGCGUAAAGUGCGCUGCACCACACAUGACGCCGCGCUGUCCUUACCAUGGGCUUACACGCUGCCGCCGACAUCCGAAGUAGCAAUGCAGCAUGCGCACACUCGGUUGCGACGUACUCGGCAGCAGCUCCGGCGACCAGCAGAGCUGAUGGACCAGCAGAGCUGAUGGACCUUAACAAGCGUGGUGUCGUCGUGUAUGCACUGUCGCGUGUGUCUCAGAUACUGGUGUCAAGCAUGACCAGCCUAGGUGCACCAUUUGCGUUUCAAGGGCUGAGUGGGAACGCGUGCAUUGAAAUAAUCGGCACGGUUGCCCUGGGGGGUGGGUGCGCAGUGCUGAUCUGGGUUGAGUACGUGCUCGCUUGCUUUCUCGGUUUCGCAUUGUCAAGCAUCGUCGAUAACGCGGGUGCUGGACGUGCUGCUGCCAGGUGGAAGGAGGCGACGGACAGGGAAAGGAAAGCAAGUUGCUGUUAUAGCUGAGUCCCGAGGAAUAAGUUACGCCCAGCCCAGCCAAGGGGCCAAUGACACCCAACGACACCCUAUGUUACACGACAAGGGGAC